AUGGGGAACGUGUCGCCCACCCCUCAUGAGCUUCUUACCGAGGCCUUGAUUUUUUGGAGUAUUGCCGUCGUUCUAUUCAUCUGUAGAAUGAUCUCUCGGUUCAUUGCAGCUGGUUCGGUCAAGCGUUUGUCUCUUGACGACUAUGUCAUGACUGCAACUUUUAUAAUCUACACCAGCUUGUUAAUUCUGAUCCAAAUCUCUUCACAGCAUGGGACUAACCUGUUCCCCCCGGAAGACACGCAGAGAAUUCUCGCAGACCCCCAGCAAGUCAAAGAUCGAAUAUACGGGAGCAAGAUUGUCAUCGGCCUGGAACAGUGUAUGCUGUUCUCGACAUGGGGCGUUAAGAUAUGCAUGUUGACCUUGUUUUGGCGGUUGACUGCGAAUAUCCGCUUCCUGCAUCUCUACGUCAAGGCUAUUGCCGUCUAUGUUGCCGUUGGCUUUGUUGUGAUUAUGGUAGCGUACUAUGGCAUAUACUGCAGGCCUUUUGAGCAGUACUGGCAACUUCCAGUGGAGAAUAUGCAGUGUGCAACAUAUCAACACUACUCCAUUACCCAAGCUGUCUUCAAUAUCUCCUCGGACGCUGCCAUGCUUGUUGUGCCCAUCCCGCUACUUAUGAAGACUCAGUUAAAAACCCGGAGAAAGUUCAUUCUGGUCUGUAUUAUGAGCCUGGGGGUUUUUACCAUCUUCGCUGCGAUACUCAACAAAGUAUACAAUUUCGCGUCUCCGCUCACAACUACAUACCAGAUAUGGUACAUCCGGGAAGCAAGCACCGCAAUAUAUGUGGCCAAUUUGAUCUGCCUCUGGCCACUCCUGCGCAAACUAUUUGGCCUGAAGGCGUUCCAGGCCAAUAGUAAGCAUUAUCGACAACAUGGCGCUCAUCUGAUGAAGGAAUCACCCGGCGCCUCGCAGUCGCCAGGAACUACGAUCAGCUCGCAGUCACGACCAUCGUUCUCAAUCCCCCGUAUUUAUUUGAGCAGGCUCGGAAGUGGGAAGACAGUCAAAAAUAUUGGGUCCCAGGUGGCUGACGAGGUACCUCCGAGCCGGGAAGCAGCGAACAAAUUGUCGGCUAGCCCCCUGGAUACGAUGGAAGUCACUCAUCAAGAGAAGAAAGGUCUUGGAGAACCGGGCCCCACUCUGGGUGAAACGUAUACAUCGCAUGACCUUGAGCACGGAGAUAUUAGGCAUAUCGACUACCACUCCAGCUUGAAGUUUGGGUAA